AUGGCACCACCACCACCUUCCACAUUCCCAUCACCCACCACCCUUCUUCUCUUCGCCCAUCAUUUCUUCAACCACCCUUUUUUCCUCACACAAACUUGGCCAUGGCUUUUGCCUCUUCUUUCUUUCCAAGUUCAUGAGAUAUUGGUUGAUGGCAAGCGAAGCUAUGGAGGGGCAUUCAUGGAGGAGACACUGACAGAAUACGAAGCCGCGGAGAAAGUGUCAAUGAAGGAGACGCUGGCGCCAAGCGGAAAUGGAUUUAGGAUUUCAAUAAUUCUCGAGCCGUAA